AUGGAUAUCAGCACUUCAAGCCCAGCGCCAAAUCUCUGUGUUGUGUUGUUUGGCAAAAGUGCUGACAAAAAAACAACACUGGGAAACUUCAUUAUUGGGAGAAGGCAGUUUUAUAACCUAAAUUUCUUUACAAACAAUAAGUGUGAGGUUGCCAAUGGAGAGUGGAAAGGGAAACAGUUAACAGUUGUGAAAACUCCAGACAUUUUCAAUCUGUCCAUAGAAACAGUGAGACAAGAAAUGAGAAGCUGUGCAGAGUGCUGUCCUCCAGGACCAAAUGUCCUGCUUCUAUUAGUGAAACCUUCUGAUUUCACUGAAGAGAACAGACAAACUCUGAAGUUCAUCCUGAGUUUGUUUGGUCAAGAUGCUUUCAAACACUCAGUGGUCAUCAGCACACAUGAGGUGGAAGGAGCAGGAAUCUCUUUCAGCCGUCUUCUUAAAGACUGUGGAGAGAGACACUACAGCAUAGCUGAAAACAACCAGUUGUUAAUGAUGGAGAAGAUAGAAAACAUUGUGCAUGAAAACAAAGGAGCCUUCCUCACCUUCACUGAAGAGUCCAUAAGACCAAAGUCUGAACAUAACAAGUCAGCUUUAAACCUGGUUCUGUUUGGGAGGAGAGGAGCAGGGAAGACUUCAGCAGCUGAGGCCAUUUUAGGUCAGACAGAUCUUCAUUCAGUCUCCAGCUCAUCAGAGUGUGUUAAACAUCAGGGUGAGGUGUGUGGACGUCGGGUUUCCCUGGUGGAGCUUCCUGCCUUGUAUGGAAAACCUCUGGAAGAAGUGAUUGAGGAAUCGUUCAGAUGCAUCACCCUCUGUGAUCCUGAGGGUGUCCAUGCCUUCAUCCUGGUCCUACCUGUGUGUCCACUUGCUGAUGAAGACAAGGAAGAGUUUAAGACCUUCCUAAGCACAUUCAGCUAUGCAGUCAAUGACUUCACCAUGGUUCUGUUCACUGUCGAGUCAGAUCCAUCAGCUUCAGCAGUUGUCAACUUUGUACAGAAAAACAAAGACAUCCAGGAUCUCAUUCAGAGAUGCAGAGGAAGUUUUGUUCUCAACAUCCAUGAUCAGCAGCAGAUUCAAGAGCUGUUUGACAAUCUAGAGAAACAUAAACCUGGGAUUAAAAACAAACUACUCAGCUACACAACAGAAACAUUGAGACACGCCCUAAAAGAAAGGGUCGACACACUACAGGCGGAAACAACAAGGAUAACCAGACGUGGUGAUGAUGAGAAGCUGAGUCAAGAAGGUCUCAGGAUUGUGCUGAUAGGGAAGACUGGCUCUGGGAAGAGCUCUUCAGGAAACACCAUUCUGGGAAAAAAGACAUUUAUGUCUAAACUAGGCCAAAAGUCUGUCACCAAGCAUUGUCAGAAAGAACACUGCGAGGUGGAUGGACGUCCUGUCACUGUGGUCGACACUCCUGGUUUGUUUGACAAUAGCUUGUCCCAUGAAGAGGUUUAUGAAGAGCUGAUUAAAUGCAUCAGUCUUCUGGCUCCAGGACCACAUGUCUUCCUGUUGGUGUUAAAUAUCUGCAGAUUUACACCAGAGGAGAAGGAGACAUUAAAACUCAUCAAGGAAGGCUUUGGGAGGAAUGCUGACAAGUUCACCAUCGUUCUUCUAACUGGAGGAGAUUCAUUAAAGCGUAAGAACAUGUCCACUGAAGAAUACAUUGAAAAGAGAUGUGUUCAUUCCUUUAAGGAACUGCUUGCUGACUGUGGAGGAAGAUACCAUGUGUUUGAUAACCGCGAUUGCACAGACAAAACUCAAGUCAGUGAGCUGAUAACUAAGAUUGAAGAAAUGGUGAGAACUAAUGGAGGCAGCUGCUACACCAAUGAGAUGAUGAUUGAAGCUGAAGCCGGAGGGAGCGUACGUUAG